UACCCACACCUUUACAUGACGUGGCGCUAUCCCAUUGCUCGACCUGCUUUCUUCACCAGCUCUGGCUGCGUCUUUCUUCUUCUUCCUCCGCCUCCUCUUCUAGGCACAAGUUAUAUCGUUCGGAUUCUUCAAAAGGAAAAAGGAAAUAUGAGAUUGUUUGUUUGUUUUGUAGCAGUUGUAUAUAUUUUGGGAAGCAAUGUCUUAGCCGAUCAGAUUUUCUCAUCUCAAGUAGCUGGCACACUUGGCCGAAGCCCCCGUGAACCAAAAUACAAGAUUGAGUUCCAUUCUGAAGAAUCUCCCUACCAUCCUGAUGAUGAUCUGGAGUCUGUUUUUAUGCCUAAUAAAGAUGGACAGAACUUUUUAUGUUUCUUGCCGAAGGUGGAAAAAGCCAAGACCUUAAAGCCAGUUACUCAGCAGAACAUUAGUAGCAUGAUUGUGGAGUCCGAGAAACGGGUUAAACUGAAGACACCUGAUGAACUGCUGGAUGUACUGAAAGAUAGAUGCUUUAUCAGACAAGAGGGCUGGUGGUCUUAUGAAUUUUGCUACCAAAAGCAGUUGCGGCAACUACAUGUGGAAGAUGAAAAGGUGGUUCAGGAAUUUGUCUUGGGUGUAUAUGAUGAAGAGGCCACUGCUGCUUUCAACCAGAAUCUCUCCGACAUCUCCACAUUAAAGGAUCCUCGAUCAAAAGAUGCAUCUCAAAGGUAUCACCCUCAUCAAUAUACGAAUGGAACCCUAUGUGAUCUUACUAAUCAGCCCCGAGAAACUGAGGUGAGAUUUGUCUGCUCAGAGCCGAGAGCAAUGAUUAGUUCCAUUACAGAGUUAUCCACAUGCAAGUAUGCACUUACUAUUCAAAGCCCUAUGCUAUGCAAACACCCGUUUUUCCAAGAGGAGAGACCUGUGUGGCACACCAUUAACUGCAAUGCCCUUCCAAAGGAUCACAAGGAUACCAUGGUUGAGGACACACGUAUUAGCAUGAUGAUGGACUCCGAAGAUCAAUCUAAUAAUUAUGAUUCAACCGAAUGAAUGUCGUCAAUCUUCUUACAUUUAGUCAUAGAUUUAUAGAGAUUAGCCUUGUCAAAGUAAUAAUAUUUGUAUCAAAUUAAAGGAUUGCUAAUUCUUGUGAACACUCUUUUUUCGCAUUUAAAUAUUAUGAAUUCAAUCA